AUGAAUAUUGGGUUAUAUUUGAGCUCCCCUAAAGACGUAUUGUUAUUUAUUCAAAUAAACAAGACAUGUUCUAGAGCUAUUCAGUCGUUAAAAAAGAAUCCUGUACUAUUUUUUAAAUAUUCAAAACAAGAUUAUAGAGAGAAAGCAUUAGUGACAACAAAAACAAUUCGAAUAUAUCCAAAUAUUGAAACUCUUGGAAUAGAACUUCAAACCCUUAGAUUUUGCUCAAAAGAAAUUUUUUGUAUAAAAAAUUAUCAAAUAAUUGCUAAAGGAAUUCUUGAAGAAAUUGAUUUUAUAAAUUUAGAGAAGAUUCAAUCAAGAAUUGUUUGGUAUAAAGGUAAUAGUGAAGGAAUCAAUAAUAAAAUGAAUAAUUUAAGAUCUAUGAUUCUUACUGAUUGUGUUCACUUGAAAAGAAUCCUUUGUAGCGUUCAGUUUCUUAGGAAAUUAGAAAAAGUGCAAAUUAGAUGUGAGAAAAGAGAGGCUUGUGAUGUAAUUUCUAUGGUUGAAAACUUAUAUCAAGAUGUGAUGGUAAUUGUUAAACAAGCAAGUAAAGACCUAAAAGGACGAGUAAACAUUUGUGGUUGUGGUGUUCUUGGUAAUGGAAAAGAUCUAAUAAAUUUAUUAGAUGAGUCUCAUUAUUAUCAAUUUAAUGAAAAGGCAUUAAAACUAAAGAAUAUAAAAAUUAUCCAAUCAUUAUAUCUUCCUCUUAAUUUGUCUUUUCAUGGAACGCAUGAAUUAAAUGAUGAAAUUAAUGCAGACCUCACAGUCCUUACUAAUUUGAUUCGACUUCAACUAUUCUAUAUUCAAGGAAUUAUUAAUCUACCAAAGACUUUACAAGUUUUUAUUGUAAAGUCAAGUAAUAUUCAAAUCAGUAAUAUCCAAUCUUGCAGUCUUAAGAGCCUUGUGAUUGAAAGGUCAACUUGUCCAUUCCCAUUUUCUCUUCCAUCAACUAUCACGUCUUUACAUCUUAGUGAUAUACAAAUUCAAACUAUUUCAAACUUUGAUGAAUUACCACUUAUUGAUUUAUCACUUAUUAAUUGUAGAUCACAGAACUCAUUAAAUUUACCUACUACUCUUCGUUCUUUAGAAUUAGACUCAUGCCCAUUUCCUAUUAAUAUUAAUGAUGAAGUUAAUGUACUUAUUUUAGACAAUUUUAACAUUAUUUCUCAAUUUCAUUUUCCCCAUUCUUUAACUAGACUUGAAUUAGGAAGUGCAAGAGAAUUUACACCUGAACUCUCUCGCUGCCAUUUGAAAGAUUUAAAACUAUUUGAUUGUGAAAAUGUUCCAUUGUCACUUAUUCCUGUUUCUGUUACUUCAUUUGGUAUUUAUGACUCUUUACAUCUUCCAAAAAAACUUGAUUUAUGUGACUUUUUCUUCAUAUCAAUAGAAAUAUCAUUAUGUCCAACUAUUCAAUCUAUUUCAUUUCCUUCUUCAAUUUGUUCGAUUUAUCUUGAGUCAUGUCGUGGACUAACAUCAAUAAGCCUUUCAAAUUCUCUACAACUCACACAACUUUCUUUAGUUGAUUGCACCUCACUUACUCGUCUGAACGAUAUUCCAACAUCAGUUCAAUCUCUCUAUUUCUCAAAAUGUCAUUCAUUAACUGAAAUCAAAGAUUUAGAUCAAUUGCCGUUGUUACCUCAAUUUAUAAAAGAUAAGUGUCAUAAAAUAUUCAGUUGUAAUAUAGAAAAAGAUGGUCAGUCAUUCUCAUGUUCGCAAUCAGAGCAAUAA